AUGAAGUCUACCAAAGAGGCCCUUGAUCGUGGCCUGAAGUUCAAGCAAGCAGUGCGGGAUUCAAAGAAUGCUUCGAGCUCCUCCAAGUGGAAGCCGCCCAGCAUCCCGCUUACAACUCCCUUGGGAGUGGCGGAUAUGACUUUGCAAGAUCUAAUGAAGAAGGAGAAGCUGAGCUACGCUGAUGCCGUUACUGUUUAUUUGUCUUUCCAGCAGUCCUUGAAGCAGCCUUCGAAGAAGCCCAAGAAGACCCACAAAGCCGAGGAGGAAUCCCAACAGGAAACCGAGCCGGAUGCUGUUUACUUGGCCCACCAGCAGUCCUUGAAACAGCCCUCGAAGAAGCCUAAGAAGACCGAGAAAGCCGAGAAGGAAUCCCGAAAGGAUACCGAGCCAGAUGCCCCAGCCGGAGCCAACAAGAAAUCCAAGAACAAGCCCCCAGCCGAUGACAAAUCCGAGACGAAUGCUUCAGCCCUGCAAGCUGGUACGAAGAGUCGAAAACCCCAAGCCGAAGAGCCAGCCCCAGCCGAGUCCAAGAACACUUUCGUGGAGGAGCAUGAACCUGAGAUGGAUCAGCCGCCAACCAAGCGACUGAAAGCUAAGACUCGCGUGGAGCCCGUGGACCGCGCCGAGCCCGAACUUCAGAAAGCUGACCCCGAACUGAAGGAAGCUGACCCCGAACUGGACGAAGAUGAGGAUUCUGCACUCUUCAAGGAUUGGGAUGAGCUGUGCUACGAGUACGAUCUAUGGAGGCAGGGGCUCCCUCAGGUGAGUGAGCUGGAGGCUGCCUUAAAGGCCCACAGAGCAGCCCCUCCGAUUAAGUCGGAGCCUGCAGCUGCUGUGCCGCUUCAGGGUGUGUUGGCACUGCCCGCUCCAGAGCUAAGUGCUGGUUGUCAAGAUGGCAGCCAGGUGUCAGGAAGUACCUUUGUGGAUGGUCAAGCCAGGUUGCGAGAAGUGCAGCGCAUCACCGCGAAGGACCGCCAGGACUCUCAGACGAAUCUGAGCGAGCUCGGGCCUUCGGCAAGCCAAGUUGCAUCUGCAGUUGACAUGCACAUGCUGUUGCAGCGUGUGCAGCAGUUAGAACUGGAGAAGGCCGAGCUGGAGUCGCAACUGAGCAGCGAUUCGAAAGCUAGCAACGUGAAGGAGCCCGCAGCUAGCAGCGAUGAAAAACCUAGCAACGUGAAGGAGCCCGAAGCUUCGCAGGAACCCCAAAGGCCGGUGGCUACACCUGUCAGGCCCAAGACCCAUGUGUUUCAUGAUUCGCCGACGACAAGCCCGGCCGGAGGCCUCACGGAUCUACUUGCAAAGGUGAAGACGCAAGCGGAGCCGGUUCCGAAGCCAACGGUGGCCCCGGACCAGGAUCCAAAGGGUGAUGAGAAGUGCAAGAUCUGCUCUACAACACACCGAAAAGAAUAUGCCAAGCUCAACCGAUUGCACGAAUCUGGAGCAUUGGCCGGCUACCCGAAUAUGCUCAAGUUGCAAGAAGGCACCCUGGAUGAGAAGCGGGCGCUGCUACGUGAUUGGGUGCUCUCGGGGCAGAACUUGCAGGCCUGCGAAAGUACCAUCGAGAUUGCCAAGGAAGCAGGUGUGCGAUCCGAGAAGAUUUGGAUGCAAAUAGCCGUGAAGAACAUGCACAAGCAGAAAGUGCAACACAUAAUUGCAACGCAAGUGGGCGAACGUGAUGAACAAGCACCGGAUUCUCUCGAAGAUACCCUGUAUUGGUGCAUCGUGGGCCGCACCCAAGUGGAAAGCAGUGAGUUCAGGGUGAAGCAGAACCUGCGAGCGAACUGUCGCCCGGGAUCAGAAUUCUUUGACGGUGGCAUUCCUGGAGCGGACCCGGGCCUCCUCCACAAGAAGCCUGCCGCGAGCCAGCAAGCGCCACUGAAAGCCGACGUCCUGAGGGCUUUCGAUCAGCGCAAGGACGAGCUGAGUGCCAUUGCCACGCAGCAUGCAGGUUCUACGGCGACCACUGUGAAAGGUACCUCGUUGGUCAAUGAGCUGUUCAAAAGUCCGAAGGAGAAGCACGGCAAGUGGUGCAGAGAGAUCAAGAAGAAUGUGAACAGCAUCGCUGAUCUGAUCUUCGAUAUGGGGGAUGCCUCGGAUGAUGAUUCCCAGAGGCCGAAGCCGCCAGCAUGGACGAGCAGUGCGAUGCUAUCCACGAAGAAGUUGCCUCGGAUAUCGAUGAGUAUUAUGUUUUGGGCUGCGAUUGAAGCCUCGAUAAUUUGUUUGUGGUCUUAG